AUGUUCUUAGCUAAACUCAUAUUGUUAUUGAAAAUAGUUAUUAUUAUUAUUUAUUCAGAGAAUGUUAUAAAUUGUGAUGAAACGACGGAAUUAUUACAAAAUGAUCUAUUAUUCAAUGUACCAUUAUUAGAUCAUUAUGAAUGGGAGAUAGUUACAAGUUUAGUACUGGAUUCAAUUGAAGAUGCUACAAAAUAUUUAUGGAAACAUAGAAUUAAGGUGAAUUUAGAUGGUUAUUUAGGAACUACAAUGGUUGAAGGCAUUAUUCGGACCCUGUUGAAAUUAUACAGACAUAAAAUGCCUCAGGUAAUUGAUAAAAAAAUGCGAUUACUUCAAGAAAAAUUGGAAAUGUUAAAUAAUUUUGGUGUGAUGAAUGUUGAGAAACAAACUCCAUUUUAUUUUUCCCGUGUAGGAUUUUUGCUGGAUCCGCAGCUAUGGAAUAGUUUCUAUCCGAUCACGCUACUAAACUAUUCUUUGGUACACAAGUCAAAGUACAAAAGCGAUUCGUGGACAGAGUACAAGAGUGACAAUUGUCUCAGAGAGUUUCUUUACAAGACAAUUGAUGAUUUCUGUAAAAUUUCAAAACAAUGCUGGAAGUCAGCUACUGAUUACAGUGAAACUGAAUAUGGUCUUACGCACCAGGUAUUUUAUUUUAUGAUUGGAAAACAGACUAAUUGUAGUGAAACAUUGGAUUAUCUUCUAAAAUUCAAUCAACUGGAAAUGAAUUCUGAAAAAUAUUUGCAACAGUUAUGUACAAACGUUGCAGUUGAAGCUCAAAUUAUUGCCAGUAAAAAUUUUCCAACUGAUUUUAGGGAUCUGUUCAUGGAACAAGUUGGAUUUUGUGGUUUAGCAGGAUUUUGGCAAAUCUGUAAAAUUGAUUGGUUAAUGAAAAUUAUUUCAUGGCAAAAUAUCAUGGGUUGUUACCAUAAAUUUGAUACAGAAGAAAUGAAUCCAGAAAAUUUUGAUCCCAAUGUAUAUGGACAUUAUAAGCGUAGAAGACGUUCAGAACAACUUUUAUCCGAUGGUCAACAAGCGUGUCUAUCACAUAGGACAAGUGUAGCAAUGACAGCACUGAGUGGAUAUUUAAGAUAUUUAAUUGAAUUUCAUUAG